AUGUUCUCGCAGCUUCUGGCCCGUGACACCUGGGAUAACAUCUACAUUACGUUUGGAAAGGGAGACACCCUGCUGGCCAAGAGCCCUUCGGGAGAUGAGGUGGACGAGAAAGACGUUGACCUUGAGAAGGCUUAUGAAUCACCCAAUGUUCGCGUCUCGGACGUCAAGUCCUUCAAGCUUUGGCUCGACAUUGGCUCGGACGGAUACAAGCCAGACUGGUGGAAGCUCAAAGGUGUCACUUUGGUUGGAACCUGCGCUGGCUCAGGCAGAUUGGCCCAAGUUACCAAUUUUGAGGACGUCUACAAGUGGUUUGAGCGUUUUGAAGACUCGGAGUCGUACAACGGGGACAUCAAGAUCGAAGACUGGCACUGGCAGACGGAGGACGCGCAGACGGAGACACUGGCGGUACAACCCCCUGGACGGCCAGACGCCUGCUCUCAUUUCAAGUCGCUCGAGGUUGAGUUGAAGCUGGGCAAUGGCAUCGCCCAGGGAACGUGGGACGACGUCGAGCUCUGCCUCGACAACCGCCCAGAGUGUAUCGCUCUCGCUACCCAGCCUUCGAGUGGAUUUGAUGGGACGACGGUUGUCGACUUGCAGAAGGUCUUUGGAUCAAAGACGAUCCCGGCGCCAGGGUUCCGCAAUAUCAAGGUCUACACCCAGACCGGCAAGGAAAUCAAGGACUCAUACUCGGACUGGUGGGUGUACGAUGGCAUCACAUUCAGGGGACGAUGCGCUGGCUCGCCCAGAGUGGUCGAGGCCACCAAGUUUUCAACCAGGGAUGACUGGGUCAGGCGCAAGGUUAACGAGCACCGGACUGAGAUUGCAUCCGGCGAGUUGGCUGCCAAUGAGUGGCGUUGGCAGCAGAAGGACUAG